AUGUUUAGAUUAAAAAUGCGAAUUCCCCGACGCGGUGUGCAAAAAUGUAUUCUAGUGAGCUGUGUGCUGUUAAUGUUCUUCACAUUGUACAUCCUAAACGUUCAGGAGCAAAAUGUGGAUAAGAGUCUCACAAUCGCAAUAAUGGAGCGCUCGAUAAGGUCGGCAAUGAAUCAGGGCGAAUGUCGACAGCCUCACUUGCCUUUGGAUAACCCUGAUAUCAUGAAAUUCUAUAAGCCGGUUAACAAAAUCAAGUGCGAAGCCGAAGUUGAUUGGGUUAUGUGCGAGAAAUCCAUAUGCUUCGUCAAGCCUGAGAUAAGCGCAAUUCACAGCGAAGUUGUUUGUUCCUAUACGGAUAUUUUACGCAAAUCGGAUUACAAAGCACGCUUUGGACACACUGUCCGGAUAAAGGAGCCUUAUGUGCUGCAGGAGAGUGAUUUUGUGCGAGUUUCGUGCCGCGCCGACAGCGGCGAGCGAUGGCAUGGCAUGGCUUAUGGAAUUCGCGAUACAGUUCAGCGUCCCGUGAUGCCAAAUCUAUCUCCCAAUUUGGCCGCACUGCCACCCGAAGUUAUUGCGCAGGCACAGCAACAGUUGCAGGAUCUGCCCUCGAUUCCGUACUAUAAUGUGCUAAUGUUUGGGUUUGAUUCCUUGAGCCGUAAUGCUUUUAUGCGUAAGCUGCCGCGCAGCUAUAAUUAUUUGACCAAGCAGCUGGGUGCCGUUGUGCUCAAGGGUUACAAUAUUGUAGGCGAUGGUACGCCACAGGCAUUGAUCCCGUUGCUAACUGGAUAUACGGAACUUGAGUUGCCGGAGACGAGGAAACGCGUGUCGGGCUCCGGUUACGUUGAUGCGUAUCCCAUGAUUUGGAAGGAUUUUGCUCGUCUCGGCUAUGUUACGUCUUUCAAUGAGGACAUGCCAAAUGCGGGCACAUUCACCUAUCGAAUGAAUGGCUUUGAAACACAGCCCACAGAUCAUUAUUUGCGCACUUAUUACAUGCAGGCAUCGAACAUUAUGAGCGGCAGCUCGGCUAAUUGCAUUGGCAGUCAGCCAGAUCACUUGAUCAUGAUGGAUUACACAAAGAAUUUCAUGUUGAAGUAUCGAGAUACGCCUCGAUUUGUGUUUAGCUUCCAUGGCGGACUUUCGCAUGAUUCCAUCAAUCUUGUUGGCGCUGCCGAUGACGAUGUCCACGAUUGGCUAGUGUCCUUGAAAGAAAAGUCGCUGCUUGACGACACUAUACUCAUCUUUAUGGCUGAUCAUGGUAAUCGCUUUGCCGAUGUACGUGCGACUCUGCAAGGCAAACAGGAGGAGCGUUUGCCCUUCUUCAGCUUUACCUUUCCGGAGUCGUUCAAGAAGCGCUUUUCGCAGGAGUACAAAAACUUUGUGGACAACGCGGAACGCCUCAGCACGCCAUUUGAUGUGCAUGCCACACUCAUGCAUUUAAUACAACUGACACCGCCGAGUGUGGACGAAUUAAUAGCUGAAAACAGCUACGACAACACCCUAAAUGAACCAAAGACGGAAGAAAAUAAAGCACAAAACAUUCACAUAACAGAAUUGGCGAAAACUCGUGCUAUAUCGCUUUUUGAACCGAUAUCAAGCAAUCGUUCCUGCGCCGAUGCAUACAUUGAGCCACAUUGGUGCGCUUGCCUGAACUGGCUCCCGCUGCAACUGAACGAUACACGCCUUGAGGGCGUUUUACUCAAAGCCGCCAACAGCAUAGUGGAUACCAUAAAUGCGGCAACUGCUGAGCGCCGUGAGAUUUGUGCUCCGCUGCAAUUGUUGCGCAUCAAUUGGGCAUUGCGUUUGCAGCCACACAAGGAAAUGCUGCAAUUCAAAUCGAAUAGUGAUGUCGAUGGCUUUUUGGCCAACAUGAAUGGCCAGACUGUCGUACGCGAUGAGUUGUAUCAACUCCAGGUGGUCACUCAGCCGGGCCUGGCGCUAUAUGAGGCGAGUGUCGCCUACAACUUGCAACACUUGAAUACCACCACAAAACUUUCAGAUAUCUCGCGUGUCAAUAAGUACGACACACAAGCCAAAUGUAUUUACGAACGCGAUCCGGAAUUGCGUAAAUUUUGUUACUGCCGUGAUUAGGUCUAGUCAAUGGACAAUGCACAAAUCUGCAUAGCACUUAGAAAUCCGCGUCACAAGCUAAUUCAAAUGUCAUCUUUAAGACUUGCUCUCUAUUUCACUCAUUUUAGUUAUAUACAUAGUUGUACUAUGUAUUGUUAGAAGUCUGAAUUCAGUUGUAUUUUCGUGCCAAAGAAUUCACUUUGUCACGUUUUUCCUUAAAAUGUCUGUAGUUCCUUAGACACACCUCGAAUAUAUUAUUUUUUAAUAAGCAAAGUCGUUAUUAAACUGAUAAUCUUGUGGCAUAGUCAUAUAUUUGAAUACCAAAAAUAAUGAAUAUUCUUGUAAUACUUAUACUUAUUUUCUAUGCAAAUAAAUAUUUCUUCAGAACUCUGGUAGUCCCGUUUGAAAUGGGCCUGGAGCACUCUUCA